AAGAUCUAUCUAGAUAUAAUGUAUAUGCCAACUGUCCAAGGUUACAAAUACAUUGUAGCAGCUAGAGAUAAUCUGUCACAGGUAGCAGAAGGGCGAGCACUUAGAAAGGCUACUUUUAGUGCAGUCACCAAGUUUUUGUGGGAAGAAAUCUUUUGU